GAGUCGUUGUUACAGGAGAACGAAAAAUUGAUCGUGGCAAGAAUAACGGGUUUCGGACAAACCGGAGAGCUUGCACAACGGUUUGGACGUGAAUUAAAUUAUGUGGCACUGAGUGGUUUGAUGCCAACGUUCGCAGGACACUCGGUGAAACGCUUUCCCUACUGGACUCCAGCAAACAUGUUAGCCGGAUUUGCCGGAGGUAGUCUGAUGGCCGCAUUCGGCAUUCUCGCAGCAAUUCAUCAAAGAAUAAUCAAUGGUGGAAAAGGCUCAAUAAUCGAUGUGAGCAUGGUCGAUGGUUUAGCGUAUUUAGGAAGUUUUCAAACGAUCUACAAGGAUAUCGAUAACGUUUGGAAUAAGCCAUAUUCGUGGUUUUCGGGUGAUUGUCCUGUUUAUAGAUGUUAUGAAACUUCUGACGGGAAAUUCAUGGCCGUUGCAGCGUUGGAGAGGAGAUUCCAUACAAAAAUGUUGCAAGUUUUGGAAGUGAAUAUUCCAGUGAGUGAUAUAUGGACGAAACCGGCCGAAGUUACCGAAAAGCUUGAAGCUGUCUUCAAAACGAAGACCAGAAGAGAAUGGAUGGAAAUUUUCAGAGGAGUAGAUGCUUGUGUUACACCAGUAGUAGGUCUGAACGAAGUGGGUCGUAUAAGGCAUCACCAACAACGGAAAUCGUUCAAACUGGAAGGCCACAAAUUCAUACCUCAGCCUACACCCAGAAUCUAUUCAUGUGAAGAGUACGAAGCGAUGUUGGAUAGUACUAAACUGAAAAUAUAA